AUGUGGAAGAUCGUGUGUGAUGAUAACUGGGACAUGAAGGAUGCUGCUGUGGUGUGCAGACAGCUGGGAUGUGGAAGAGCUGAUAGUGCACCUGGCACUGCUCAUUUUGGCCAGGGUAGUGGUCAGAUCUGGUUGGAUGAAGUGGGAUGUUCAGGAAAUGAAUCAUCGCUCACACAGUGCUCACAUCCUUCUUUUGGAACACAUAACUGUGGUCAUGGUGAAGAUGCAGGUGUCAUCUGCUUAGACAUAAGGUUGGUCAAUGGGUCUGAUUCAUGCUGUGGGAGAGUGGAGAUCCGUUAUAAUGGCCAUUGGGGAACCGUGUGUCAUGAUAACUGGGACCUGAAUGAUGCUGCUGUGGUGUGCAGACAGUCACAGUGUGGAUCAGCCAUCAGUGCACCUCCUAGAGCCUCCUUUGGUCAAGGCAGUGGAUCUAUCUGGCUGGAUGACGUUAAAUGUUCAGGAAGUGAAGGAGCCCUCACACAAUGUUCACACAGAGGACUAGGAACACAUAACUGUAAUCAUGGUGAAGAUGCUGGUGUUGUUUGUUCAGGUGAGCUGAAGAUGCCGACCUUUUCCCUGACCUCCACACAUGCAGCUGUUUCUCCUGGAGAAAAUAUCCAGUUCAGUUGCACAACACCUAAACCAAGAUGCAAAGCUAAUGCUGAAUUCCAGCUCUUCAGAAACGGACCAUCUGUAUCCUCACAGACACAUGAAUCUAGUGUGACUUUCAACUUUGUUAAUGUAGACGUCUCACAUCAGGGCAGCUACAGCUGUCGUUACUCCUACCAAAACAACAUCAAGUCACCUUUGAGCAACACUGUAUUCUCAUCACUGUGGGUGCAGAUGAUACAUAUGCAAGUGCAUCCCAUGACAAAUGAAGAGAAUGAGGCUGAUUAUGAAAACGUAGAAUUUAUUGUUAAAAACAUGGAUUAUGAUGACUCUGAAAUGGUCUAUGUCAGUGCAGACACCGAUGACUCUGAAGAGGACUGUGUCAAUGGAAACAUUACUGAGAAUAAAAGUGUGGUAGACAAAUCUGAUGAUAACAUUUAUGAAUGCUAUUGUGAUGAAUACUGA